AAAGAGGUUUCCAGGAAACCAACGGAGAGAGAAGAAGCUCCGCGUUGCUUUCUUCAUUACUCGAUCGUCGUCUCGCCCUGAGAGAGCAAGAGAGAUCACGUUGCGAUCCCGAGGAUGUCUUCUCCGGCUGAAUUCUACAAUUCUCUUCCACCAGUGAGCAAGGCCUAUGGGACUCUGUGCUUUUUGACCACUGCAGCAUUCCAGUUAAACUUGUUUGAUCUUGGAACUAUUCUGCUACUAUAUCAGCCAGUAUUUACUCAAUUUCAGGUAUGGAGGCUGUUUACCAAUUUUUUCUUCCUUGGUAAAUUUUCGAUCAACUUUGGAAUUCGCCUCUUGAUGAUAGCGAGAUAUGGUGUGCAACUGGAAAAGGGCCCAUUUGACAAACGGACAGCAGAUUUUCUUUGGAUGAUGUUAUUUGGAGCUUUUUUUUUAUUGGUAUUGUCUGCCAUUCCUUUUUUUUGGUCUCCCUUUCUGGGGGCAUCAAUGGUCUUCAUGCUGCUCUAUCUUUGGAGCCGGGAGUUCCCAACCACACAGAUAAACAUAUAUGGACUUGUCACGUUGAAGGCAUUUUAUCUACCAUGGGCAAUGCUUAUGUUGGACACUAUAUUUGGCUCACCCAUUAUGCCUAGCCUUCUGGGAAUUGUUGCUGGUCAUUUAUAUUACUUCUUGACAGUAUUACAUCCUCUUGCUACUGGAAGGAACUUACUGAGAACUCCAAUAUGGGUACAUAAAUUGGUUGCUCUUCUGGGUUGGGGAGUGCAAUCAAACUCCGGUUUACGGCCUAACAGUGCCAACACUGCUACUGGUAGUGUAGCUUUCAGAGGGAGGAGCUAUAGGCUGGACAGAUGAACCACGUUGUAAUUUACACUUAUUUGCAGCAAAUUUGAUGGAACUUGUUGUUAUGAAAGCUUUUGAAGAUUCGAAUACAAAUUUGGGUGUUUUGACAUGAUUCUUCUAUUAUUCCA